UAUAUAUACCCGUCCCCAGGUGUGUGUCCAGCCAGUACUCACCUGUGCUUGGAAAAGGUAACGAUGCGCACCACCUUCCUGUACUACCUGGCGGCGCUGGUGGUGGUGGUGGCGGUCAGCGUUGAAGGCCAGUUACUGCAACAAGAACAAGUAGACCAACAACAGCAGCAGCAGCAACAACAACAACAACCAGAACAGCAACAACCAGAGGAAGAACAACCACAGCAACAAUCAGAGCAGCAACCAGAACAGCAACAAGAACAAGAGCAACAGCAACAACAGGAAAAGGAGACGGAGGAUCAGUGUGUGCCGUGUUCCGAGGUGGUGUGUGCGCAGGAGUUGGAAUACCACGAGUGUCAGUGGGGAAGAGUGAGGGACCAAUGCCACUGCUGUGAUGAGUGUGCCAAGGGGCCUAACGAGGUGUGUGGAGGGAAAAACGGGACCUGCCUGCCGGGUUUCAAGUGCAUCCCCCGCACGGCUGGCGGUGGACGCUGCGAGUGGCGACCGCUGCCCUCCUUCCCCAACAAGAAGAUCACCAAGAACUAAUAGUGUGCGCCGUGACUCGGUAACGUGUGCCACUACCUCACUUAUGGCUCUCUGUUAAGUAGUGCAUCUCCGUGUCACUGUGUGUGUGUGUGUGUGUGUGUGUGUGUGUGUGUGU